AUGAAUGUUGACAUUGACGAAGCCGACGUGGCUGUACUCACACAAAAUCUCUCGCGGUCUAAGGAGCUUUUCAACGAUAUCACAAAGAGACUUCACACCAUCUCCACAAAAACGUCCUCCGCCUCAACAACAAUCAAGCCCGUAUUGAGUGAGUUCAAUGCGCUUACGUCGAAGAAGCGCUCUGUUGAUGAGGGAUUGCAGCUUUUAAAAGAUGUUUCUUUGUAUGCUGGUCGUGCUGCUGAAUCCCAGAGGCUUCUCACGAGUCCCAUAGAAACCGUGGGCACAGUCAAGUAUCUACAGUGUUUGCUGGAGUCGUACGACUUGUCCAGAGAAAUGAAGAAAGAAAUCCACCAAUUUGACAAUGUGGUGGUAACGUUUGCCAAUGUAGUGGACAAGGCAGAGAUCAAUGUCGUUAGUCAUUUUACGAAACUAGUGCUGUCAAUUGACCUUGAUGGAGGCGCAGUUGCCAAACAGGCCGACAUUGUGGCCGUGCUUGCAUUUUUCUCCAACAAAGGUAAUUUACGAGGCAUGCAAUUUCAGAAACGUGCCGCCAACAUGCCUUAUGAAAGAGGCAGCAACGGUGUGGCCCAAUAUGUGGAUGAGUUGAACAAAGCUGCAAGUGCUCUCUACCAGGUCAGCACAGAGCUACUGGUGCUGGACACGCCGGUUGCGAGAAAUGCAGUGGCUCAGUAUUUGGACAACCGAGUUGCCAAGAUCCUUGGCUUAUACUGUAAUUUUUUGGAGCUGAACGGCGUAACAGGCCAGGAUCUCGUGAUUUUGGACGUAUUGGACAAUCUUGCUAUCCUCGAUGACCAUUUGGGUAAGGUUGUGAAUUGCAACUUGGGGGUGAGUAAAGUCGCUUUCAGUGAGUACACUCGUCUUCUCAAUAUUGCCCAGGGCUUGCUAAGCGAGUGGGUCAGGUACGUGGAGAGCAGAGUGCUAGCUUUGGAGAAGUGUACAGACCAAAGUAUCCCUGAAGUUGUUGUGGAAGUGUUAUCGAGAAUCCGAAGGAUCGCCGAGUACGACUCUGUAUCGCUUUUAAUGGAGGACAUGAAGCUUGGCAGCUGGCUUGAUGUGAAGCCCCCUUUGCAAUUUAUUUCAGUUUACACCUCUGUGAUCCCCGGAGCUGAAGGUGAUGCUACCAACAGAAAAGCGUUCCUAAUCUCUUCAUAUAUUCUGGACCUCAUCGAUGAGCUCAUGGUGAAUAUCGAAAUCCGGUUGAAGGAGCAGUCUGGCGAUAAUGGCCUUCGAAAGCUGACGCAAGGGUUUUUGCUCGUAAAGAACAUUGUCAUGAUCGAAACUAUCGUCAACCGCCUGGAGGGUCUCUACAAGAAACUCCGAGUCGUUGGCCAGGAAAGGCUUCAGCGCUUGAAAAACAGGUUCCUCAAACUCUUCUUGGAUGACUGGAAUUACGCCUCGUACAUCAUCAUCCGCGACAUGACGCAGAUUACUACCACCAAUGCUCAGCAUGGUGGACAAAACAGCAACAAGGAAAGAGAGCAGGUGAAGGAGCUUUUCAAGAACUUCAACGAGCUGUUUGAAGAGGCGCUCAAGAACUACGAGAAAUUCAACAUUCAAGAGAAGGAUUUGCGGAACUACCUUUCAAGCGAGAUCAAAAAGCUCAUCAUCAAUGCCUACAACAAGUUGUAUGAUAAGUACGGAAGCGGCGAUUUCACCAAGAAUAAGGCCAAGUACGUCAAGUACGACAAGGUGCUGUUUGAGCGGUUGUUGAACGAGAAGCUUUAA